AUGGCUUCAGAUCAAGAGGAGGACAACUUCCUCGGUUUUUCCGAUGAUGAAGGAGACGGCACAAACUCUGAUUCAGAUUAUGAUGAUGAUGAGGCAACACAGUCUCUGGCACAAAAUGCUGAAAGUGAAGUAAAUGCUCAUCACAUUGGGGACUUUGAGCAUAACCAACAAUUGCCAGAUCUUAAUGAAGUGGGACAAGAAGAUGCACAUGAAUGUGAAGUGGGACCACAACAUACAUCAGGUAUAUCAGAUAACCACUCAGUUCCAUUUUUGUUUGAUUUGAACAUGUCAGUACAACAAGAGUUCCCACCAUCUCCAAUUUAUCAAACAGAAACAGAGCAAAAUCAUCAUAAGCCUAGAACCCCAAGGAUUAACAACGAAUUAAGGUUGGAAAUCUUGUUGUUCCUUCUCUUAAGAAAAGAAAAGCAUUCAGAUGAACUCAUUCAUGGGACAAAUAGGCAGGCUGUUAUAAAGUUUGGUUAUACAAGGAAGACAAUUAGACUAAUAUGGCAGAGAGCAUUGGCACAUAAGGCAGCCAUGGAUUCGUAUUUCUAUGAUAGCAAAUAUCACAACUGUGGGAGGAAGAGAAUUCAAGUAACAUAUGAAUCUAUAGCAUCCAUAGGCAUGGGGGAUAGAACAACCAUUAUUGAUCUUGCAAGGAUGCUUAAUUUGAGUCCCACAACACUUUGGAGAAUGGUGAAAAGAAAACAGAUAAAACCACAUUCAAGUCCCUUGAAUCCAGGCAUUUCAGAAGAAUGCAAGAUGGCAAGGAUGAAGUGGGUACUUGGUCUCUUAAUGAACUACUCAAUACCAAAUGAUCCCACAUAUUACAGCAUGUAUGAUUUCAUUCACAUCGAUGAGAAAUGGUUCUAUCUUACACAAAAAAGUCAAAGAGUUUAUUUAGCAAACAAUGAACCAUUUCCACAUAGGAAGGGAAAAUCAAGAACUAAGAUUCCAAAGUUCAUGUUCAUGGCAGCAGUAGCAAGGCCAAGGUGGGGACAAGAUGGGCAGUGUGAGUGGGAUGGGAAACUUGGUAUAUUUCCAUUCACAGAUGAAGUGGCAGCAAAGAGAACAUCCAAAAACAGAGUGAAGGGGACAAUUGAGACUAAACCAAUCAAGUCAGUGAAUCAGAUUGCAACUAGGGCCAUUCUAAUCAACUACCUAAUCCCAACAAUUAAAGAGAAAUGGCCACCACAUGAGGGGGAAAAGGUGAUAUACAUCAUUCAAGACAAUGCAAAGGCACACAUUUUGCAAAAUGAUCAAGAAUGGCAGCAACACUACAAGCAAGAUGGGUUUACAUUGAUAUUGACUCAGCAGCCAGCAAACAGUCCAGAUUGUAACAUAUUAGACUUGGGGUUCUUUAGGUCAAUUCAAUCACUAAUGCACAAAAAGAUGCCUAAAACAGUUGAAGAUUUAAGUGGUGCUGUGACUGAGGCAUAUAAUGAUCUGCAUGCAAAGACUCUAUCUAAUGUGUGGAUGUCACUUCAAUAUGUUGGAAAUGAAAUUUUGAAACACAAGGGGGACAACAACUACCAACUCCCACACAACAAGAAAAAGAUUUUAGAAGAUGAGGGGAAUCUGCCAGAACAAGUUAAGGCCCCAAGGUGGGCUGUGAAUGAAUGCAAACAACUUGUUGAUGAAUGGAGAGCAAAUCGGUGA